AUGAUGAAGUUACUGAUUGCUGUAUUGUCAUCAACGCUGAUUGCUUGUUUGGUCACUACAGCUACUCCAGUUAAUCCCAGUAGGACUAGAAACCUCGAGUCUAGUUCCACAGCUAUUUACACUGCAACUGCAACUGCUUAUCCCAGCACUUCGACAUUUACUGGUUUAGAUGUAGACACGGUUGAUUGUGGUGAUUAUUCAAGGGAAAAAAAAGAGGACAUCAAGGAAUAUGCAAAGAAGGGACAUAGUUUCAAAGAAAUAUAUAAAAAGUGCAGCUCGAUAAAAGCAAAAAUUAUUGCUCAAACAACAGUGAUAAAAAAUCUGCGUGAAAGAAUCGAGCUAAUGUUGCCUGUAGCUACGCCAAGUGAUGGUGGUCUAAGCUAUACGGAAAUUCUGCCACUCCUUCAAGGCGGGAAUGCUGUUCUUGCAAACCUUAAACGCCAGCAGCAAAUAUGCGAUGACCAAUAUUCUACUUGGCGUGGGAGACUGAGUUCAGCCAGACAAAGUCUUGCAAUAGAUUUUUUUGGUGCUUUCGACGUCAGUCUUGGAUAUGUUACUAAUGAGCGCAUGAUAAGCCUUUUAACAAGUCAGACCUUUCUGGAUUGUUUUAAUCAAUUUUACCUUAGCAUACUGAGUUCACCAAUGGACUUUGAGAGUGCCUAUAUUAAUGGCAUACCGAGUUCACCAAUAGACUUUGAGGGUGUCUCUACUAGUGAAACGCAGGCUUCAACAGAUUCUGAGCGUGCCUCUACUAGUGGAACGCAGAGUUCACCAACAGGCUCUGAGCGUGUCUCUGCUAGGGGAGCACAAGGUUCAUCACCACGACCUCAAGGUCCACCACCAUCAUACAAAGUUGUAAUGAAAAAUCCUAAACUCUAUAAAGUGACUCAAUAUAACCCGGAUGAUCAACCUCCAUCGUAUCAAGAAGUAAUGCGCAACCCUCAAAAGUUCCCCAAGGUCUUGGAAGAUCCUGAUGUUACCGAAUCGUCAUCGAUGAGUCCAUCUAUAGUUCAUCCUACUCAAACAUCAUCCAGUGUUCCACCCACUACUCCAGUUAAUCCCAGUAGGACUAGAAACCUCGAGUCUAGUUCCACAGCUAUUUACACUGCAACUGCAACUACUUAUCCCAGCACUUCGACAUUUGUUGAUUUAGAUGUAGACUCGGUUGAUUGUGGUAGAUAUUCAAGGGAAACAAAAGAGGCGAUCAAAGGAUAUGCAGAAGCGAAAUAUAAUGUUGAGCUAAUGCGUGAAAAGUGCGAGUCGAUAGCAGCAAAAAUUAUUACUCAAACAACAGUGGUAGAAAAUCUGAAUGAAAGGGUCAGGUUAAUGUUGUCUUUAACUACAUUAAGAGAUAAUGGUCCAGACUAUAUGGAAACUCUGUCACUCUUUCGAGGCGGGAAUGAUGUUCUUGCAAAACUUCAACACCAGCGGAGAAUAUGCAAUGACCAAUAUCCUGUUCUGAGCAAGAAACUGCGUUUAGCUGAAAAAAACCUUGCAAGAGAGUUUUUUGGCACUUUUAACUUCAGUCUUGGACGGGUUAGUAAUGAGCGCAUGAUGGACCUUUUAUCAAAUCGGGACUUUCUGUAUUGUCUUGGUCAAUUUCACAUUGAGAUACCGAGUUCACCAAUAGACUCUGAGCGUGCCUCUACUAGUGGAACGCAAGGUUCACCACAACCUCAAGGUCCACCACCAUCGUAUGAAGUUGUAAUGAGGAAUCCUAAACUCUAUAAAGUAACUCAAGAGGGCCCGGAUGAUCAACUUCCAUCGUAUCAAGAAGUAAUGAACGACCCUCAAAAGUUCCCCAAGGUCUUGGAAGAUCCUGAUGUUACCGAAUCGUCAUCGAUGAGUCCAUCUAUAGUUCAUCCUACUCAAACAUCAUCCAGUGUUCCACCCAGUCAACAUACAGCCUCAUCCACUCUACGAAGAGUUGCAUCCACUCUACAGAGAGCUUCAUCCACUCUACAGAGAGCUGCAUCUAGUGUGCGAAAAGUUUCAUCCAGUCUUACAUGGAAAGUCGAUCGUUCUUGA